GAGGAGGCGGCGGAGGAGGAAGCAUGCUGGCCGCCCGCUGCGCGCUGCUCGCCGCGCUGCUGGCCGCGCCGGCCGCCCCGGGGCGCUGCCCCGCGCGGGCGGCGGAGGGCGGCGUGCUGACCAGCAGGCCCGGCGCCGACGUGACGCUGACCUGCCCGGGCGGGCGGCCCGGGGACAACGCCACGGUCCGCUGGGCGCGCGGCCGCCGGGGGGCGGGCGCGGGCGCGAGGCUGCUCCUGCGCGCCGUGCAGCCCGGCGCCUCGGGGAACUACUCCUGCGCCCGGGCCGGCCGCCCCGCGGGCACCGUGCGCCUGCUGGUGGAGGGUCCCCCCGAGGAGCCCGUGCUCUCCUGCUUCCGGAAGAGCCCGGUCAGCAACGUGGUGUGCGAGUGGAGCCCCCGCAGCCCGCCGUCCCCCGGCACCAGGGCCGUGCUGCUGGUGCGGAGGUCCCAGUACGGUCCGCCCGAAGACUCCCAGGAGCCGUGCCAGUAUUCCCCGGAGUCCCAGAAGCUCUCCUGCCAGCUGGCCGUCCCUGAGGGAGACGACUCUGUCUACAUCGUGUCUCUGUGCGUGGCCAACAGUGCAGGCGGCAAGGCCAGCAGACCCUACUCAUUCCAGGGUUACCAAAACCUGCAACCCGACCCACCCAUCAACAUCACGGUCACCGCCGUGGACCGGAACCCACGCUGGCUCACCGUCACCUGGCAAGACCCGCCCUCCUGGAACUCCUAUUUCUACCGGCUGCAGUUUGAGCUCCGCUACCGGGCCGAACGCUCCAAGGAAUUCACGACGUGGAUGGUCCCGGACCUCCAGCACCGCUGCACCAUCCGCGACGCCUGGAGCGGCAGGAGGCACGUGGUGCAGCUGCGGGCCCGGGAGGAGUUCGGGCAUGGCCAGUGGAGCAUGUGGAGCCAGGAGGUCCUGGGCACCCCCUGGACAGAGCCCAUGAGCUUUCCGACCGCGUCCCCGGUGCAGGCGACCUCCUCCGCGCAGGCACCGACUACCGACCGAGAGGACGGCAACAUCUCCUCACACUAUUCCGCCAACGCAACCGGCUUCCCAGUGCAAGAGCCUCCAGUGCCGGUGUACACAUUCCUGGUGGCUGGAGGCAGCCUGGCCUUCGGAACGCUCCUCUGCAUCGGCGUGGUCCUGAGGUUCAGGAAGACGUGGAAGCUGCAGACCCUGAAAGAAAGCAAGGCCAGCAUGCACCCGCCGUUCUCCUUGGGGCAGCUGGUCCCCGAGAGGCCGAAGCCCACCCCGGUGCUGGUCCCCCUCAUCUCCCCGCCGGUGUCCCCCAGCAGCCUGGGCUCGGAUAGCACCUCGCGGCACAGCCAGCCCCGGGCCAGCAGCCCACAGAGCCCGUACGACAUCAGCAACAGAGAUUACUUCUUCCCCCAGUAGCGGCGGGCGCCCGGCCGGCGGGGGCCGGGCCGCUGAGACGCGUGGGUGACAAAGCACAGCCCCGCUCAGUGCGUGGGGCGAACACAGGCCUGCGCCUGGCCAGAAGGAAGAGGUGGCUGGAUUUGUGAACCCCUCUCCCCCACAGCCCCGCCCGCCUGCAGGGGUUCCCGUGGACGUGGGCCCCUGGCAGGGGGCGCUGUCGAGUCCACCGGACCCUCGGACCCUGGGCUCCGUGCGGACAAGCUGCCGGCUCCUGCUCCCUGGACCUGGCUCCACACGCCGCCCCCUCAGGAGGAGGGAUGGGUUUCCAGCCAGACACCCCCCACCAGUCGCCUCUCUCCGGGCCCACGGCACAGCUGCACCUUCUGGCUCCAGCUCCUGAAGCCCAAGUGCCUUUGUGAUUCAGCGGCCCCGGCCGGGGAGCUCUGGACCGCCUCGCCUCCCCUCCACACUCUGGAUAUGGCUGCCGGCGUGGACAGCAUCUCAGGGCCCGGGGGUCUGAGUGGCACGGCCAGGGGCUCCUCGUUAGCACGCUGCUCACUGUGAACGCUAACCCCGAGCACCUGCUGAGCCCGAAGCCACCGCGGGCUCCGUUUCUCUCUCUGGACCCCGGGACCCGAGCGGGAGAGAAGCAGACGGGGUAGGGGCGUGGCGACAGGGUCCCCACGUACAGUUACAGCCUCUGAAAACCACUGCUCUCCUUCCUCCGUGCCCCCCGAAAGGAGAACAGCAUUCGGGGAGGGCUCCCGCCAUUGGGAGACCAAACCGUUGGACUGUUUAUUGUGUUUUCACCUGAGCCUGAGUCCCGAGGAGAGAACGUGUUUAUGUGAAAAGACAGAAGGAUGUAAGCUGACGUGGUCCUG